AUGUUCCCAUAUCUGGAGCGAUUUCAGCGAGUCGGCGCUCGCGACCUCGGCGCCCUCCAAGAUGCGUUACAAGAACUCAUGCAGAGAGAUCCUGGAUCAACUCAUCGCUCCCUAAUCCGCACAAUUAGACCCAUACUCGCCAAGGGUGUCGCAUUCAGCCUCUUGGAAGGCGAACCCCCUUUCGGCGAGCCCUUAUCUGAAGUGCGGAAGAACGACGACAUACUUCAUAACGUCUUCGCCUCUUUCGCCGCGAUAACUUUGCUAUACAAGCAUUUUGGCUCUCCAAACUCGGAUAACUCAGAGCUCCUUGACGUACCGCCAAUUGCCCUUGACAAGGUCUUCCGCUGGAUCGACUUCAUGCAUCCCAUGCACGGCUAUAUUCGUGGCCUUUACCCGCCAGACGGCAGCCUCAGUGAAGUGACUCCAGUAUGCAGCAUCCUCGGUAGCAUUCUUUACUGCGGUCGUCCAUACGUCGCCCGCUUCGUCGACGAACAGCAACCGCGUAUCAUCACCCUCGUCCUCGACCUCUGGCUUGCCUACCCCGCAUACCUGCGCGGCAAAACCAGACACGUCUCGUCCGCCCAAUUCAUCUCCGAGGCCAUCCUCGGCCUGUUCCAUAUCUUGCUCCCCCGCGCCACCCAGUCCUCCUCGCUGCUCACCGCCGAGCUCACGCGCCUCGUCGGCGGCCAUCUCUCGCGUGUCCCCCGCUGCAUCGAAGCGCAGACGCGCCUCAUGCUGCGCGCGGGAACGGCCGUGGAGGGCUCGACGUGGAACGUGCACUUCGUCGCGGCGCGCAGGGUGCUCGUAUACGGUGACCUCUCCGGCGUGCGCAUAGGGCGCGACCUGCUCGAGAGCGUAAUGUCCGGCGCACGGGUCUGCCUCCAGAGUCCCGGAGCAGCGAAGUCGAGGGUGGCGGCAUGUACGGCGGUGGAGCUACUUACGGAUAUCGUGGUGGACCCUCGGCAUACGCGGCAGACGGUGCGCGCCCUGAACGAGGGCGUUCUCGGGUACAUGCUCGAGCACUGCGUCGCUCUGCAAAGCGAGGAGGGCAUCCAGCGACUGGCUCGCCAUCUCCAGGAUAGCUUCUGGUGCCCAGCCGUCCUUCGCGCCUUCCGCCGCGGCUGCGACAGUAUGGCCCUACCCGGCGCACUGAGCAGCAUAUCACAGAAGUAUACCGACCUCAGGACGCUCGUGAACCGCUUCGACCUUUACUGGGAGCUUUACACGGCCUUCUGCGAAGAAAAGGCGUGGAAACGCGUGAGCUGGUGCAAUGCUUUAUGUGUACGUUCCAAACAGGAUAAUCGCGACUAUGAGGUCAAGCCAUGCGCGUGCGGGGACGUCUUCUAUUGCUCGGUCGAAUGUCAGCGCGCUCACUGGGUCGCGGAGCAUCGGUAUACCUGCACUUAUCGAACGACAGGCGUUCUCCGCUCAGACGGCGCUCUCAAAGUCGAGGACGUCAUAUUCGUCGGACACUGCGCGAAGGCGGCUAUCGACCGCCGUGCGGACUGGCUCGGCGACGAACUGACCGCCCGUGCGCGCGCCGAACCUGGGAUGCAGUUCUGUGUGCGCGUCGACUUCACGAGCGAGGAGCGACGGGAGACAGAGCUCGGUUGGUCUGCGGAUGCGCAACGGCCCCGAGAGUCCUCCCCGGACAAUCCAACGACCUCGAGAGACGCGUACGGCUGCAGGAUUAGUAUGUGGAGCGUUGAGAGUCCCAUUGUCGACAUCCCGGAUCCGAACUACAAGCAUCAGAUUGCGGUGGAAGUGAGCAUCACCGUGGGGAGGAACCGUUUUACUCAAGUUCUUCCUUUCGCGCACGAGUUGACCAGGGCUGAUGUUGAGGAUGAUAAAGCUUCGGAGGAGGCGAGCGCGGGAUCGUAG